GCCCCGCCAGCCGCCCCGCGCGCGCGGCGGCAGCGGCAGCUCCAGCUCGGAGCCCGCCGGGGCACCGCCACCACCGCCCGCGGGCGCAGCCGCGCCGCGCCGGUCAUGGAUCCUUUUCCCAAAGACGGGGAGAGCGCGGCGGCGGCGGCCGCCGGGGGGGAGCCUAGCCGGGGCGCUGCCCCUUCCAGCGGGGUGGUGGUGCAGGUCCGGGAGAAGAAGGGCCCCCUGCGCGCCGCCAUCCCCUACAUGCCGUUCCCCGUGGCUGUCAUCUGCCUCUUCCUCAACACCUUCGUGCCCGGGCUGGGGACAUUUGUAUCAGCUUUCACCGUGCUGUGCGGCGCCCGGACCGACCUCCCCGACAGGCACAUGUGUUGUGUCUUCUGGCUGAACAUCGCCGCUGCUCUCAUUCAGAUCCUUACAGCAAUCGUGAUGGUUGGCUGGAUUAUGAGUAUAUUUUGGGGGAUGGACAUGGUCAUUCUUGCAAGCUACAAGGAGCAGGGGAUCCCUCAGCAGCUGUAGCGGCCGGGACGAGCAUGUUCAGAGACAGGCGGCGAGAGCUUUCCUCGGGCAGCUGUGGGCCAUGGACCUUUUCAUCACCAUUUUUCUUUUUUCUUCCUUUUUUUUUGUUGUUUUUUGAACCUGGUUCAUCUGCCCAUCCAGCGGAGCGGAGGUGCAGAGCAGCCGACAGCGACUUGCACUGACCCGGCGCAGAGGCGGCAAUGAGGCGCGGGUGCUGCGGGUCCGCGGGGGCCCCGGGCGGCCGAGGCGGAGCGGGGCGCCGGCGACGGGAACGGGGACACCUCGGCCGAGGAGGGCGCCCGGCUGGGCAGCCGCCCCGGGAGAGCUGCCGGCGGGAGAUGCGGCGCUCUCCGUCCUGCCGGCGGGAGGCUGCUGAAGACGUUUUGCCUCCUUUUAAGCUCGCCGUUAAAGAAAACCAGCUGUGAACAUCAAAUGCCAAGGAGCUAUUAAUAGAUAUAUAUACCGUAUGUAAAAGCAAAUGAGUGGCACUUUUUUCCCCCCGGAGUCCGUCCUUGACUGCUUUGGGUAGCAGAGGGGCUCAGCUCAGCCCCUUCUGCCGUGCGUGUAUUUAUGGGGCUCAGCGAAGCUCUGUCAUUGCAGAUGUCUUGAGAAAUUUGCUUGCUGUAAAUCAUAUUUUACUGCUGCCGCGACUCGGGCUGUCCCCUGCUUCAAGCUGCUGGAGCCACGAUGAGACCGGACUGACGGCCAGCCCCCGAGAAACUCCUUCAAGCGAAAGCCUGGUCCUCCACCAUGUGUUGCCUCCUCCGUGUUUAGGGUGGCGGGUGAUGCUGCGCGCUGUCAAAAACUUCUGUAAAAAAAUACUAGGGGGAAUUAAAAAAGAGAAAGACUUCUCCCCCUUUCCCCUGCGAGAGAGCUGCCGGCAGCGUCGACGUGCUUGGAAGUGGAGCCCGUUGAGGUGGUGUCUGCUGGCCGUGCCUGCACGAGCAUCCCCGCGGGCCAAAUUAAUCACCCAGCGCUUUUAUGCCUCUUUCUGAAGUGCGGCAGAGGGAGGCCACCUCCUCCAGGAUGCCGGCAGCCAGCACGGGCUCGAUAACUCGCCUGCUCUUUGUGGGAGUAGAUCUGCUUCGUCCCGUUAACUCCUACCACGCUGCGUUACACGGGCUCUGCAAAAUGCCUGGGCCCUCACCAGCUAAACCUGAGAUUGCAGUUAGCUACAGCUUUCAGUGCUUCCACCAAAAUCCCCUCCCUCGCUGAGUAUUUCCUCUGGUCACAUUUUCAGUACAGCAGAUACCAAAAGACUGUAACUGUGUUCUUUGUUGAUCCCUGCAUAAACCCAGCUCUGGAUCUGGUCUAAUGUGCAUGGCACCAGGCUAUUUCAGUAUCAUUUUUCACUGUAUAAAUAUAGAUGUUUUAGAUGCAAUCUUUACAGCUAAAGAGUGAUAGUAGGCAAUGAAGAAUAAAUGCAAUUGCUUCACCACCAUCAACCAGCAACAAAGUAUUGUCUGUUGCUCUCUCCUCCUUGUGAAAACCAGGUUUCUCAGAAAGGGCUUAAAUGAAGUAGUUCCUUGGUACUUGAACCUCGCCAGGCCGAAAGGCUGAUUUACAAUUUGAUGGAAAGUAAUUCCAGAUAGGAACAAAACCAAAUGCAUUUUUGAAAUUUGUGGCAAAUCAAAAAUAGUUUCCUCCUGGGUCAGUUGAGCCAUUUGAGCAUAGCGCUUGUUAAAAUCUUUCUGAAUCUGUUGGUGUUGCCAAACCUGUACUUAUCGUGGAAAAGGUGCUAUGGAGAACAGCCCCUGCCCGUCCAGUCCUUUGCCCGUCUGACAGCGCUUGCUGUGGUGGUUGAGCACGCGUGGAGAUUUCCAGCUUGCCAGCCCCGGCUUUUUGCCUGCAGUGGCUCUGGCUCGCAGACACGUGAGAGCGAGCGGUGGCCGUGCAGGAUGCCUCCAUCUGUGCUGCAGCCUGGACUUCCUCGGAAACAGAGCCGCACGCUCUUCCACGUGUGCGUCGGCUGUUGCAGGUUUUAUUGAAGACCUUUCGGUUCUGCUGGAAAUCGCCCCUCGUCGUGGUCUCUGCCCCAUGCACGAGGCAGCUCUGCAGGGACUGAAGCUGAAGCAUCGUGGUCUAGUUACUCAUCCGUGGCGGUUCUAUUCCAUCCUGCCGUUGCCUCCUAGGUGUUUCGGGGUGAUGUAUAUAUGCAUAUGGGUACAGGGUCCAAGCCCUGGCCGCUGGCCGGAGCCCGGUUCCCACGGGGUUUGGCUGCGCGCGGUCGCAUUGGUUUCCCCACCGCAGUGAGUAGGGGCUGAGCGCACGCGCGCCCACGCCUGCUGCCUCCCCCCGCAAGGCACUGGAGCCGCUCGCGCCGCGGUGGCUGGAGUCCCAGCCGAGCGCCGCGCUGUCACCGAGGAGUAUUUGUAUGCCUAUUUAUAUCGCGGAGUAUUUGAUUGUGACUUGCCGUGUUUUGAUACUGUGGAAUUUUUCUUUCUUUCUUUUUUUUUUUUUUAAGUUAAAUAUACUCUCUUGCUGUA